UUACUUCAAAGGGAGGUAAGUUAUCAUCAAUGUGUAGUCAUGUGAUUUCCAAAUGAGGUCAUAAUGGAGACAUCGUAUUUGUAAACAGAGGAACUGGGAGCGUAGAAACGUGAAGUCGUAUACUUUGCUCAAGAAUAAAGGUGAAAUAACAAUAUGUUCAAGAUAACAGCAAAGUUUGUUCAGGCAACCCAUGGGGGUGUGCGGACCCUACAGAGAGGAAUGCAGACCUACACAAGAUAUGCAUACUACUCAUUGAAUGAUCGGAAAGGAACACAAGAUGGGUCCAUGUCACAGAAACCAUACCAGCCUAGGUACAGUUUGGAAUAUGACAGACCAGAAGAUUUUGUUAAAUCCCAGUGGUGCAAAAAUCAAAAUGACUCCAUCAACUAUGCAAUCUACAGAACCUUAGUGGCCUUGUACUUCCUGUUUGUCGUGAUGUACUCAGCAAUUGUAGGAACGCUGAAGAUGAAGAUGUUUAUAAUGUUAACCUACUGGUCUCUAUAUACCUUAACAGCAUGUCAGGUCCUGAGGGCAUAUAAUGUGUGGCAUUACAUCUCUUUGAAAAGGCAGAAAAAAGAUUUACAGAUGAUUAAAAGAUUGAAAUGGCAGUGGACUUUGUAUAACAUCUCAGUAGGCACUGCACCACUGGUAGCUAUAUUAUACUGGGUUAUAGCUUAUGAUGGAUCAGGAUAUAAUUUCAUCAACGUAAACACACAUGGAGUCAAUGCUGCAUUUAUCCUGUUAGAUACAUUUAUAACCAGAAUGCCUGUGAGACUACUCCAUGUUUACCAAAGUUUAUUGUUAGGCUUCACUUACAUUUUUUUUACCAUAAUUUACUGGUUCUUUGGAGGAUUGAACCAGUUUGGACAACCAUUUAUUUACACUGUCCUUAAUUAUGGUCAGUCACCGAAAAAAGCAUUUAUAUAUGUAAUGGCGAUAAUCUUUAUAGUUAGUCCUUUAAUUCACAGCUUUGUAUUUUUUCUGUACAGAUUCAGGGUGUUUAUUCAUAGAUAUUUGACCACUAUGGAUAAAAGGGAAGCACUUGUUAAUAACAGGGAUAAAUAGACUUCAGUAUUAUAUUAUAUUUUUUUCUAAUUUGUCUUUCAAGCCUAUAUUUCCAUAAUGCUCAAAUGGAGCUAUGCUAUUGCUCAUAUUGAAGCUAUAUACUUGCCUUAGCUAGUUUUUUAUUUGUUAUUAAUUAAUGUUUAGUCAAUAUAAAUGUUGCUGUCCAUGCAUGUUUGUCUAAAAAGAAGUUGAAAAAUCAAAUGUAGAAGUAGAUAAUCUGUUUAAUGCUAAGUUUAGAUAUAAUUCAAAUUCGAUUCCAAUUAACUAAUUUGAAUUAGUUUAAUUCGCAUUCGAUACAUUUUUCUUCCUUAGGUCAAUUCUAAUUCAAAUUGCAAUGGACGUCAAAUUUGCUUUACUGUCCGAACUUCGUUAAUUUUUAAUUCGUAUUUAUAAAAAUGUAUUUCUAAUACGAAUUGGAUAAUUAGCCAAUUCGAAUUAAUUCGUUUAAAAAAAAGAGUGUGUGAACGCGAUUAGCAAAUUUAAUUCACAGUCGAUUUUUAAUUCAAUUCAAAUUAAAUUUACUUGUGAACAAGGCAUAAUAUAGUGUUUUGCUAUGAAUAAGAAGUAAUUUUGGGCUCAUUUAGGGGAAAAAAAAUCAUUUUUAUAUUAACGUUUUCAUCACAAUAAUAGUAGCUAUUUUAAGCUGCAGUAUUUAAACAUUAUAAUAGUUUAAUGUCUGAAGAAUAUCAACUGUAUUGUAUUCAUCAUAUAACAGUUGAAAGGCUCAGUAAACCUUGACAAGCCUCAUACUAAAGUAAAAAGAAUGAUAUAUUUCUUACUUCGACCUAAAGUUUUAUAUUCAUUAUUUCAUUCAUACUAAGAUUGGGUUACAUAGUCAGUCCCUUUGUUUUUCAUCGGUAUAUAAAUCACAGAUAUUAUAACUUUGCAUUUCAUUGAAUCUCGUAAAUAAUUUUUUUCAUAUAAAAAACAAGAGUUGUUUUUUUUUCAUUUUUAAGUACAAGUGUGUUUUUUAUAAGAAGUUUAUCAUUUUGUCAUGCAUAAACUUCUGUUAUAAAUAUGCCAUUUUUUCUUAUUGAAAUUCCACUAUGUAUGUUCAUUAUAGUUUGUGUUAUAAAUGUAUUGUGCCAAUAUCUACCAAUAAAUCAGCAUUAUCAACUUUGAAAAAUAACUUCUGGCUACAUCAGGUAACUUAAACAAUAAUAAUAAAAAAAAAACACAUGAGGCUGUUUUCUGCUCUUCUGGUUGUUGUCUCUUUGACACAUUCCCAAUUUAAGCUAGUCGUUUCUUUAAUACAAUUCAAUGCAAUUUUGUGUAUUUGUCAUUCAUGUGUCUUUAUUUGUAUGAAAUUUUUAUAUUAGAAUAUUGUCUGAUAUAUUUACCAUAAUUUAUUUUAGUAUAUGAUGUGUUAAAAUUAUAACCUAGUUCUUUAGGUUAUGAAUAUGCUCGAAAGACUUCUCACAAACAAACUCAUGACAAUAAUAAUCACAUGUGAAAUACUGUCCAAGAAUAAACAGCAAUGAUUUCCCUUGUUUAUACAACUUUUUUGUGGGGGAAAGAUUAAUAAAAUUUAUAUAUAGAAGGGAAGUACGCAAAGUAUGAAAUUAUAAUUAUAAUAUAGAAUUCAAAGUUAUUGACAAUAUAAAAGAUUACUCAAAGACAUCCAUGAAAGAUUAGAUGCACGAGUGAUCUGAAUGAGGGCUAUUCCAGAAAAAAAUGUAUGGGAGGGUUGGAAGGCACAUUGUAUUUAUAAUACAUGGGUGAUACUGGUAUCAGAGAAACUUUUCACACUACAUGUAUAAUGCAGUAUAAUUCUCAAUUUCAAUUGUCUGGGUGGCGGGUGCUGACAAAAACUGCCUUCCAACACCCCCAUACAUUUUUUCUGGAAUAGCCCUGAUCUUAAAACAGCAUUCAUCAAAUACAAGAAGGGAGAUAACUCUUUAUUGCAGUGAAUUCUUAACCCUUACCAUGCGGUGCCCGUCUUUUGACGGGCGGACCCUAAUAACUGUUAUUUGGCUCCAAUGGCGUUCCAUACUUUUAGAAAGCCACUUUAUGAUACUUAUUUUGAAAGUUAUGUAUGUCCCGUCAACCUGAGGCUAUCCAUAUUCACGUUUCUCAUGUAUAAAGUAGCAUUUUGAGCACAAAUACGGACUUGGAAAAUUGAAAUUGGCUAAAACUCGGUUUUCUGGAGGGGUAGGCUUCACAUCUGUAUCUUACACAAGAAGUUCAGAGGCAUAAAACUGGCAAAGAUAGUGCAAACUCACGGCCAUAUAACUACUGAUCAUUAUUAUUAUUGAAAUACGCAUAGGAAACAACUACUUCCGGUUUUGGGUCCAUUCGAAGUCCAAAAUCGGCAAAAAUCGUGAAAUUCGGUAUUUUGGGUCCAAAUAACCUUCUGUAGACUGAUGAAUCAAGAUCAGAUUCACUCCGAUCUAACAACUGUUGGGGUCAAUUUGUUCACUAGGGUCCACUCUACACGCAGGCUACAGCUGGAUACCUUAACCAGCAACCCUGGGUCUUCUGGGUCAAGAGAAGGGGUGAAAAAUCGGCAAAAUUAAUGCUUUUUGCAUCUAAUGACCCUCUUUGGGGCAAAUUCCCGCCAAAAAAAUUCCACCUCCUCACCCCGACCACCCCACCCCGUGAUCACCUAUAUUAGAUUUAAAGAAUUCAAUAUGCUACAGCAACAGGGCUAAGCUCAUUUGCAUAUGAUUUGCAUAUUUUUGCAAAUAAACGAAAAUUAUACAUUUUCUAAAAACAAUUCCGCAUGGUAAGGGUUAAGGACCUUGGAAAAAGAAACCAAUUUUUUUCCAGUUUUAGCUCAAACUUGGAUGUUUUUUCUUCUUAUAAUGGGUCAGAACGGGUCAGUAAGGCCUCCAGAUACAAUGAUUAGUUCAAAAACGUUUAAAAAAAUAUUUUAUUUUUUUAAAGUUUGUUAAGAAAAUACAUAAAUUGCUAAUUUUCUCAAUUAGAAAUAAGGAUUAUCUGUAAGGGCAACAUGAUUCCCAAGUGCCCAUGUAAAAUAUAGUAUGACCACUUAUCUUUUCUAUCUUCAACAUGGUCCUUCAGAGAACUGCAACCAACUUUCUGUGUCUAAUAAUUGUGGCUCAAUCUCUGCUAUCUGAACAUUAGCUACAUGCUUUUGCAAGAGUUGAUUUUGAUUAGAUUUAACUCAUCUUUAUCAAACUGCUUCUGAAAAGUUUAGACUUAAUAAUUUGGAGAUUGAAAUUAAAAAAAGAUACUGAUCUGGUUCAAUAAUUUUUGAAAGCGAUCUGAACAGAGUGAAUUGCAUUUGAGUUGAGUAAAUCCAAUGAAUAUGUUUUAAUUUCAUUCCUGGUUAUUUUAUAUAAGUAUUGUUUAUUUAUUGUUUGACCAAGAUAUCCAUAUUUGGAAUGACAUAUUUAUAGAGCUCACUACAGAUAUGUUUUGCCAAAAUCAAAUGUCGUUAUUGAAAUUGUUUUUCAUAUUAAUCAUGGUGCUGUGUUUUUUUAAAGAAUUUAAAUUCUUAUGUUGAAUCUUUUUAUUUUUCUGAUUAUCAUAUUGUUGAACCAUCAUAUUGGUGAACACAUAUUAGGCUUGCGAGUUGUCUUGACACAUAAGUUUUCAUUCAAUAUUUUUCAUAUUUUGUGUAUUACAAAUUUUUAACAUGCAAGUCUUUGUACAUUUCCAACUAUGUACAGAUUUAAUGGAAAUAAUGGUAUACAUGUUAUUUUUGAAACCUUUUUGCUUAUUAUACAAAAGUUUGUCAUAGAUCUUAAAUCAAUUUUUCUUUCAAUAAUGAGAUGAUAAUACUUGUAAUUUUAUAGAUUCAAAAUUAUUAACAAGCAAAAACUAAAGUAUUGUACAAGAUGCAAAACUAUUUUUUCCUUAAUUAUAAGUCAAUCUUAUAUAUAAUAGUAGUUAGUAGUGAGAGUACAUUCCUGUAUUUUUGCAGUUUUAUAAAUUAAACUUUACACAGAUCAUUCAUACAUUAUGACAUAAAUAUACAUUGUAAUUUACAUAAUGAACAAGAUAACAUUUUGUGAUGGCCAUUUUAAAAAUGUGAUGUUUAGGAAUCAAAUAAAAUGAGAUAUUUUGUGA